AUGCCACCAAAAGAAAGCAAAACUUCUAAGAGUGAAAGGGAGUUAUUAGAUGAGGAGCAACAACUCAAUGACGAAAUUGUGAAGAUGAGUUUGCGUUUGUCUGCCUUAAAGGCACAACAUUCUAGUCGUCUUGAAGAGAUAGCAUCUUUAAAACGUGAUCGAGAUGGACUAUGGAGUUCAUGUGGAAAGUGUGAGGAUGAUCUAAAUACUGCUACUAUGAAUAGAGUAGAUGUCUUGACGGAUUUUGCGCGUCAGUACAAAAGUGAAGAAAGUAUCAAAGUACUGGCGUGUAUUCGGCUAGAUACUGCCUUAAACCUACUUGAAGAAGAAAAACUCAGACUUGCUGAUGAACUUAAAAGUACGGAAGUCGAGUAUGAAGAGGCUAUCAGUACAAUGAAGAAAGAGUAUGAUUCUCUUGUAGCUCGAAUUAGUGAGAUGGAGAAGGAAUUUGCUGAUAUAGUGGGGGACACAAACUCCAAGGUUACAAAUGGUCAAUUAACGCCAAGUGAGCUCUGCUGA